AUGUCUACCCCUUCCGACAUGAAGAGUCGUCAGGACUCUGAACCGGCUAUCUGCAACCAGGACUCGAAGUUUGGUCAGGUUCUGUUGCUUGCCGUCCUCUCCUCCCUUGCGGUGUUGCCUUGGCUUUAUAAAACACCCUUUGGAGACUCUGCUCCGAACGUAGGACGUGACAAUCGCCUUGACAGUCUCCUCGAGUGCUCUCUUGCAGCUUACGAUACAAGCGCUCUCAAUGAACCACUCGUCGAGGCUCUUCCCGUAGAAGAGUACAUCGAGCGAAGGGAUAGACUUGCAAGAGCCUUGGUAGAGGAAGGUCUCGAUGCCUUUGUCGGUGAACCAGGAUUUACAGAGGUUUACUACACCAACCUUUCCUCAUUUCAAUGGGAAUCAUGGGAACCUGAAGAGCGUCCUUUCUUGAUGGUCGUCGAACCCGUUCUAGGGAUCGCCGACACCACCAACUCCGAACCCAAAGUCGUCGCACGCACCACCUUCCUAACCCCUGCCUUCGAACUGCAACGUGCACUAGCUCUCAACAUGCCCCUCGCCAAUGGCACGAUGUCAUACGCAACUUGGGAAGAACACGAAGACCCGUUCGCGAUCCUUUCUGAAUAUCUCUAUCGUUACGCUGCUACGCGCAUCCAGCCACGCCGUCUCUCCCAAACGAGUGGCCGGGAUGGAGAAAAAGAGGCUGCUAUAUUUCCGAAACCGCUCGUCGUAGCAGACGACGAAAUGCGUCUCUUCAUCGCUCAAGGCCUGGUCGCCAGCGGUUUAGAAGUCGUACCAUAUUCCUACACAGCCGCCUACGCACUCGUCAAACAACUCAAAUCACCACGAGAAAUCGCUCUCCUGCGCGCCGUCAACACGCUCACAAUCACCGCCAUCCGAGCCGUCCAUAACUGCCUUCCUUCAUUCCUCUCACUUCCCAGCGCUCGCGACAGGACUUCCACCCCCUUCUUCUCCCGGUUUUUCCAUGCUACCGGCUUAUCUACCCCGAAGGCCAAACAUUCCAAAGCCAGCAUCAGCGAACUCGAGCUCAGCCUUACCCUCGACGAAGUCAUGCGUCGCGGCGCAGGGAUGGAUCCCUUCUUCGACCUCGUUCUCUUCGGACCAAACGCCGCCUGUCCACAUUGCUCCAGCAGUCCCGACGUGAUCCUCAACCCAGACGAAGACAUGAUCCUCAUCGACGUCGGGUCCCAUCUGUACGGCUACAGCUCCGACGUCUGUCGGACCUUCUUCGCCAGCAGCAACUCCUCUUCCUAUCGAUCAUCUUCGUCGACGAAAAUGGAACUCGAAGAGAAGUUAUCCAUUUGGUCGACGGUCCUCGACGCUCAGGCUGCAGCCAUCCACGCCCUUUCCCUUCCCGACGCCACGGCAUCGAGCAUCGACCUCGCCGCUCGCGGCGUCAUCUCCGACGCAGGCUAUGGGGUAUACUUCACGCAUAGGUUAGGCCACGGAAUCGGAAUCAAGGCGCAUGAGCCGCCGUAUUUGAACAAGGGGAAUACGGGGACGGUGUUGAAGCCUGGAAUGGUCUUCACCGCGGAACCCGGGAUUUAUAUCGAGGGCGUAUUUGGAGUGCGACAUGAGGAUAUUAUAUUGAUCACCGAGGACGGAGUGGAUAUCUUGAGCGGUGUUUUGCCGACGAGUCCUUGGGAGCCAUGAUGCACUUGGUCUAACGAAUAUAGUCGUCCUGUAAUGAGAUGUGAGCGAAAGGCAGAAGUGAAACCUUGCGCUACUGCCCUCAAAAC